AAUUCAAAUUAUUCUUGCUUUCCACAUUUAGAAGUAUUUCCAAUUAUUUAGUAUGUAAUCGCACCGGAUUAGCUCAAAUGGUCAAUUAGCGCUGAAUCGAUGCUCGUAUAUAUUUUACAUACAUGCCUGCAGAUUUUUUUUAAAUUUCUAAAAUCAUGUUUGUUGCAAAAUACAGAAUAGCCAGGCUAGGGCACUGUUUUAAACGUCACAUUUUGUCUUGAUUUAUAUUCAUGAAAAAAAUGUUAUCAUCACUCAUUUUUUAAAUCAAUUACUAUCUCAAGUGACCCCAUUUGAAUUCCAGGCAACCCCACAUGGGGUCCCGACCUCAAGGUUGAAAAGCAUUGAAUAACCGGCUUUGCCAAAGUUUCUCCAAAACCACAGAGAAUAAUUUUCUUAAAAGCUUCAGGACCAAAUAUCCACUUGGGUUCAUUAACUAUUUUAACAUUAAACCUAAACUGCCUCUUUGAGCCUCUUCCGUCUCACACAUUUAAUCUCUUCCCCUCCCGUCUCCUGGCUGUACUGCACCUGUCCACUACAGAUUCACCUGACUGCACUCUGCUGCCAACUCCCUGCACAGCUGUUACUGUUUGUGCUCAUUAGCUUCUCAGUAAAUCCAAGCGAGCAGCAUUUCAACCUGCACUCGUCUGAGUGGACGGAGGAGCUGCCGAGGUGUUGGACCAGUCAAGUAACAAACAGCUGCUCUGUGGCUCAGAGCCAUUCUGCCUCUUCAGACCGCCCAUUAACGUCCAGUGAUUAGUGAUCAUGGACAGAGAGCACAGAGAACAGAUGUGAACAGUCAAUGGAGUCUACGAUGUAACAUCUAAAGAAAAAAAAAACAGUCCUGGACAGCGUUUAGCAUUUAGCGCUCUGCUGGUGCUAAAUGUUAAAGGCAGAGUGAAGCUGUAGCAGUCUUUACCUAAAAAAAACCAACAGUAACAUAGCAGUGGUCAGCUGGUCUUUGGAGUGGAGUGAUGUGGAACAAGCAGCAGGAUCACGUUGCUGUCAGGAGAGAGUCUCACCAGGCCUGUUCUGCAGCAGUUUCUUAUUUCUCCACGGCAACAGCAUCUGACACGUCUACUGUAAACUCACCGUUCCUACAAUUAGCAGUUCGUCUGCUCUGAGGCCAAGUAGCUGUGUCGGACACCGGGUGUGGAUCCUGUUGGUCAUGACUCACCUCACCCUGGACUUCACUGUGUGCAGUCCACUCACUCAAGGUUUGGUACUCAAACUGAAGCCCAACAUGGUGACUCGAUUGCGGCCUCCCUCACAGCCUCUGUGGGACAUGUCUAACAAGCUUCACUGGAGGAAGGUGAGCCCCCUCACCCCUCAUCUUUUGAACCCUGUCCCUCCUCCCAAAGACAACGGGGCAGCGAUCGGGCCAAAGAUCAAGGGACAGCAGCACUGGAAACCAGCACACAAAGAUAAGGCAGCAUGUAGGGAAUGCCAGUUUCUUCAGUACUCACAGACAGGGGGGCCCUUGGCUGCAUUGGCAGACGCCCCGACCCCUUUAUCCAGUGGGAGCAAAGGAAAAACAAUGAGGUUGUUACUUAGAGGCAAAAGGCAGCUGAAAGUGGCCAAUGAUGACAAGUCCCCGGACGGCCGGGCUACCACUGUGGCCGGAUUUAUUGACUGGGGGCCCACAGGUCCAGAUGCUGUAGAAGGGGACGAGAGAUCAGAGCCGAAUGUAACGCUGUUCCUCAGAGUCCUGUCUACCACAGUGUCCACCACCACUAGCACUACAAGCAGACCCACCAAAAGGACGUUAACUGUAGCUACCACACCGGAGCCCAAAAGGUUGACCACCACAAAAGCCCCCUUCAGCUCAGAGACCAUCAAACCACCAAAGCCAUUAGGGGACACACCAGGUUUGGCAGUUCACCAGAUCAUCACAAUCACUGUGUCUCUCAUUAUGGUUAUCGCAGCCUUGAUUACAACACUUGUCCUUAAGAACUGCUGUGCACAGUCUGGAAACGGUCGCCAUAAUAGCCAUCAGCGCAAGAUCCACCAACAGGAGGAGAGCUGCCAGAACCUGACGGACUUCACUCCGGCUAGGGUGCCCAGCAAAGUGGACAUAUUCACUGCCUACAAUGACAGCCUGCAGUGCUCACACGAGUGCAUUCGGACUGCCGUGCCCAUCUACACCGACGAGAUGAUUCAGCAGACGCCCGUCUAUAAGAGCGCUUACAAUGGAAACAGGCCCUCCCCCACUGAACGACAGCUGAUUCCUGUGGCCUUUGUGUCGGAGAAAUGGUUUGAGAUUUCCUGUUGACGAGCUGGCGGCCUUGUUCACUACAUGUGGGAAUAAGUGGUGACUCACGCUCUGGAUCCAGCUAGAAACAAGAAGAGAGCCACAGCGUCGCUUGUAAACUAGUGUGAUCACUCCUUGGACACAUGUGAAGAUUAUUUAUUUUUCUAGAAAUGACAAGUGGUGCAGCCGAACUGCUGCCAAACCCAUAUUUCCAGGAAGUAGUUUAAAUAUAGAUUACAUUAAUGGGAUGUGACGGGACAGUGGACUGUGGUCAUCACAGAUGGUAUGGAGAGGAAGGAGCUUCUGAUCGUUACAGAGGAACUGUAUUUAUGAACAAUGUGCCAAUAAUGCCACUAUGUGCCACAACCUGGAUAGAAGGACAUUUCAGCAACUGAUGGACUACACAAAGAGUGCUAUAUUAACCCUGUAUGGACUCCAAAUAUAUAAUUGGUUUUGCUUUGAUAUUGUUUUUUUUUUUUUAUCUGAGAAACACAAACGUCCAAAAUUCAUAGAAAAGUUAUUUAAACAUAUUCUAAAAAAAGAGUCUGAAAGACAUUAUAUGAAGCACUAUUCUAUUUAUUGGAAAGACGUGAGGUGAAGGUAUGCGAUUUAUUGAACAGUUGUCGGUUUUAAAAACAUACUUUAUACAGGUCUCAUUUUAGGAGCAAAAUUGUUGUCUAUUUUUUUACAUAGUAUAGUCUGCCACAGCCCUAACAGUGCGAGUCUGAAUCCCUCAAGACUCAACACUGUUAACUGAAUACCCACCAACCCAACCUCCACCCUGGCAAAACCAUCCAAACCCCUGCUACAUUUGCUUUCCGUGCACAGUUUGGAGCCGACUACACACACAAAAGAUUGCCGUAAUGGAGGCGUGAAGCGUCAGUGAAUCACAAUGCAGAGAAAUGCAUGUUACAGAAGGAGGGAAUAAGGAAAACCAAACAAACUGCACGGAGCUGGACAGGACAUUCACACUUCCUCAGGUCUGUCGAGCUCCUGUGCAUUCAUCUGAUCUGUGUUGAUUCAGCCUCUCUGAGCCACCAGUCUACAGGAACACAGUAGAUUGAAUUUGGAGCUUCACAUUUGAAUUAGGAGGAGAAAAAAAUAAUAAUCCCUCUAAAAAAACAUCUGAUCCCCCCACUGGUUCACUUUGGUGGAUUAUUAUAGAUUCCCUAAAGUCUGAUUUAUACAUAAUUAGAAAGUCAAAAACAGCAAGAAGCAUUUUGAUCAUUAGAGAACAUUAAAUAGUCCAUGAUGUGCAUGACACGAGCAGGAUGGAAUUCCUCAGUCAAGGGUUGGUUCUCACUCUUCAGAGCCAGAUCCCUUCAGUACCUGAGGACAUUACCAGAAUAUCAGCAGCAUAUCAGAUUUUCAGCUAUCACAGCCAGUGCACAAACAGAGGCUUUUGUGCCAAAGCGGAGAGAGAGAAGAUACAAAAAAAAACCUGUGAGUUUCUUUUUUAUUAUUAUUAUUAGUAUUCUUUUGAAACUAAAAACACUCCAUCUCCACUUCAGUGCAUUGUCAAAGUAAAAUGGGAUUAAGACAAGCCAGUCAGCUGCUGCCAAAUUGGUAAAAGUCAAGAUGAGGUGAACUCUGUGGUUAGGAAGGACUGCGAGACUCUCCUGAGAGCUUUUCAAGCACCAGUAAUUUCAUGAUCAACCUCAAUUUCCUGAAAAAAAGGAUGACAUCAAAGCUGAGACGCCACUGAGGAAGCCUCCGCUGAAUCUACCUUUUUAUUGUGCUGUGGGUUUGUACAAAGCACAAAUACAAUACUGUAAUUGUAAAUGGAUUCUGGCUGCAGACAGCAAUAUGUACAGAAUAUAAAGGGUCGGGUAUUUAUUUCGUUUCGACGUGAAGUUGGCUUAGGUCGUUCUAAUGGAAUCCAUACAGUAAGCGUGAGCCAUUCAGGAGGUGCAUUAUGGUCCAGAGAAAACACACUGUGGUGCAAAAACUGCAGCUUCUGCCCAUUCACAGCAUGAAAACCGCUCUCAUGAAUGAAACGACCCACAAGACGCAUACGCCAGGCUACGAAGUCGCUUCUCUGACAUCAUUUAUAUUUUUGAAUGAAGAGUGAUGUAUCGCCAGUCCGAGGGUUACAAAACUUUUACUGUAUAUUAUACACGUGUAAAUGUAUUUUCUAUAUAUUUGCUUCUAUUUGUGUACAGGUGUGUUCUAUUUUUCAAGGCCUGUCCCAUUUCUGGGAGGGUUUACAGCUAGGUCGGGGAAUAGUGUCUUUGUUUACAUGUGUAACUUACAGUAUUUCUUUCAAAAACACAAACUAACCUUGUGCCAAGCUUCCUAUCUGCACCUUCAGGCAGUAUUUGUAUUAUAUCUUCAGCUAACCAGUAUGAAAACCACAGUAGGCACUGCAGUAGAGACUGACAUGUGAUUCUCAGAUGGUGACUGUGUGUGAAAGGAAGAGCCCUGAUUGGUUCAUUGGAGUGUGUGCUGUGUUGUUGCUGUAGUUGGCUGGGAAACCCAAUGUCUUACUUUUCUAAGAACAUGUUUUCUGCAUCACUUUUCACACACACACCGUUUCAUGACAUGAUUUUAAAUUUAUGUUUAUCCAAUAGAUGCCAAGAAACCAACUACACACAAUCAAUAUCAAGCUGUAGUAAUUUGUCACACUCACCAGGGAGCUAGACGAGCCACAGAAGAUACAAAUAUGACUUUAAGAAAUACUGUAAGGACAGAGUUCUUUGGACAUUUACGUAUUAAACCUACAGAGGUUUGUCUCUUAUUGGCUGAUUCUGAAAUCCUAUAUUUAUUAAAUAAUAUUAUAAUGCUAGCUGUGGGUAAGGUUAGAGUUCUGGUGUUCUGGGUACUUUGACAAAUAUAAAUGUACCUAACUGUACUUGGGCUCCUUAUGUGAUUAAAAAAAAUAGGAUUUCCCCCCAAAUAUUCCCCAGUCGUAUUGAUGGAUGGAACCUUAUCCUACAGCCAUAGGUUCCUCGAUGUUGUAUCCAUUAUUAUAAUUAUGCCUCGUUUAUCAAGCUUUACAACCAGCCAAGAAGAGAUGUUCGCUUGGCAUUCACCGAAGCCAAACUGUUUCCAUUAAACAGCCGGACAAAUAAAUCUAGAGUAAAUGUUUUCAUCGUUCAUGUGGAGAUGAAAAUGAGAAGGUUUUUUCCUAUUUUUGACAGGACAGCGGUAAGACUGCAAGUCAAUGUUUGCAAGAAAGUUGUGAGAACUGCUAUGAUGUGUGGUUUUCACACCAGCUUUGUAACAGGAGUUUUCAGAAAAGAAAUCCCAAAUGUAUGAAAGGAGGAUUAAAAAUGCUGGUAGUGGAGUCUGAGGACUAGGUAACGCAGAUUAUCCAAGGUGGCAAAUGUUAAAGAAAACAUCAAAUAUAACAAAGACAAAUGGGGAAAAAUCCAUAAAACAAAGCUCACACCACGGGGGCUGAAAAGUUAUAAUAAUAAUAAUAAUAAUAAUAAUAACUUAUUUGUAUAGCACAUUUCGUACAGUCAUGUAGCUCAAAGUGCUUUAACAGUGCUUCAACAGUUUGACAAAGAAGAAUGUCAUAUAGUCACAUAGCAUCACAUGUCCUACAGCAAGACUGAAUGAUUCUCUAUCCUUAAAAAUGCUAUUAUACAACAAUGUCCCAACUGUGAAUUUAGUAAACAAAAUAAAAACCACUAUGAAUGAUAAUUCGGGAGAAACGACAAGUAAAAAAAAACGUGAAACAACACACAGCAAGCUCCCCUUAUGUAUUUAAUAAUGACUUACAAACACCAGCCAAGUCUCAGAUGAAAGUUGUUCAUGUUGCACCACCCUGGGAAUGACAUUUUGAGCAUAUACAGAUACACUACAAUACCUUAGAGGUAUUGUUCUUAAAAUGUUAAAAUUCCUGUGCUUUUCAGUCAUUAUUGUAAAUGUGUGAAAGCAUUUAUGAGGAUAAGAGUUGAACAGGACAAGUAAGAACUGAACACAGUUUAGGUUUAAUGUGAAUUGUUCUCAAUAAUGACAUUUAUAAGAAGUUGAGUGGUGUGAACAGGGUCUCGUGGAUUUCAUUGGAUAAUUGUGCAUCUAGUUUAGCCAUGCAGUAAAUACACUGACCAGUAAUCUAAACAACUCAUUUAAACUGUGAUUACACUGCUGUAAGUACCAGCUGUAAUCAUAACAUUAAAAUUAGCAUAUAUUAGCUAUACAUUCCUACUGCUAUUAAAGCAACAUUAGGCACAAACCCAAUGAAGAAGUAGAACUACUUUGGUGAAAAAUCAAGUUUGACAAACCACAAGCACACAACUGUGAACACUCACACACAGUGUGUUGUGUCUAACCUAAUCCUGAAAGAGCGUAAACAACAGAGAAGAAUGUGUACAGCAGGGAUUUUACUGUCUGCCCCAUUUUCUUAUUUUCCAGCUGUCAGGCUUCCUGGUUUGGUGUUGUCAAGAUUCUAACAUUAAAUAAAAAAAAUCAAAAAAAAAAAAAAAUCACAAUAAUAAAUAAUAGCAAGAUAAUUUUAAAAUGUUAACACAUGACUUAAAUUUGACCAAACCAAAAUGACCUACUUUUUUAUUGGCAGGUCUAAGCGUUAGCUGUGAAGCUGGUGUGAAGCUGUGGUUGUGCCUGAUUGAUUUGACCAGAAAGGCCAUCGUUUGGAUUCUGCAGAGGGUAUUUGUCCAGAUCUUGGCUGGAAUGGUUUUUUAUUGUAGCUAAAUAGAAGAACUGGUCUGCUCAAAAACGUAUGAUUGAACCAAAAGACUUUUUGACUUUGGACUUUGGACUUUGUAACUGCGAAAAGUUGCCAGUGUUUUAGGUCAUUUCACCUGGUGUGCAUUGGUAACAUUUCUCAUUAAGCAGUGUGUGGAUUUCAUUAAGGCGGACAUGCCUCUCAUUAGAGUGGACAUGCCUUUAGCUGUCAGCUGCCAAUUCAUCUUGUGUUCCUGAAGGACGUUUGGAGAAAGCAGGACGGAACUCCCAGCUAUAAGAUAUAAUUAGAGCAUAUGUCACGAAGCCGCCGUCUUUCUUUCACCUAAGACAAAAUGUCAUGACACUUAGUUUUGACUUUCUAUAAUGGAUGGAACACAAGAGCAGUGUUGAUGCUAAAAAGGAAAGAAAAUGACUCCACCUCAUUGGUCGGAUUUGAUUCAGGGAAUAUCAUGUGUGAGAAGGCAGGAGGAACGCAGAGAUCUUGUUUUUGAGUCUUCAACAAACACCAAAGACAUGAUUUGCCUUUUUUACCAAGUAAUGAAUAUUUUGCGGCUGUCGUUACUGUCUCCUCAGCAAACCAAUAUCCCAGCGCUCCCUUCAGCAUAAACGGGCUAUCAAUCAGCAAGGCUUUUUCUGUCAAGAUGAAGGAUGACUCUCUGUGUGCACUCAUUUGCCAGGACUGUGAUUUCUGUUUACAUGUCAAACCUGCGGAGAGGAGCUUAUUGACACGUGUGUGUGUUGUUUGAAUUAGACGCCAGCUGAACAUCUUCAAGGCUAUUGUUUGUUUUUCUGUCUCAUCCCAGGCAUUCAAAUGUAGGGAGCAGAGGAAUCAGUGUAUCGACCCACUUUAAUCAUGGCCUUCAGGCGCUUGAUUAACCUAGAAACAUUUUUCACAGCUGGUACUUUUGCUAUCGCGGUGGUGACAGUAUUAUUUUUGAACAUCUUCAGCAGGUUGCUCACACUGCAAGGUGAAAACCAACAGGACGGAUAAACAAGGUGUCGUGAUAAUGAAAAGUUUCAACUCAAAAGGAGGGACAGAGUUCAUCUUUAGGUUCAUGUUGUGAACGGUUCAUGUCUUGAAACCAUUUUAAUUUAUGUUUUUACACAAGAGAAGGUGCUGUCACUGUAACAGUGCAGUUGAAAGAUAUCCUCUGGUCAGUUGACCGUUGGAAAAAAAACUUUGGCCGAGUGCGACGUUGCAAAAUGCAAGCCAUCAACUUCUACGUCAGGGUGGGAUGUAUCAGCAGUGACGUGUACGUUGUCUGGGAAAAAGUGGGAGGAGAAGAAAAUCCAAAGUGGGCAGCGUCCUCAGGGAGAAGGUUUUAUUUUAGAUGGUUUUCCACAUUCGUUAUCCAGAUAUAUAUAAAUAUACAGUAUAUAUAAAAAAAUCUUUAUCUUGUCACAACAAUUCUGUGUCUUAAUCUUGUUAUUAACUACAGUCAAUCACAGGGGUUUCUUUCUCCUGCUGGUGUCAGCUCUUACCUUCAGUUGAAUCAGAUACAGAUCUAUUAGAACCACACUGCGCACAUAAGCUCCACGACAGCUACAGGUCGUGGCUAACUGUCGACGUGGUUCAUCCACUGCUUCAGACCCAAAAAAAGAGUGCUCCAAUGGCAUUAAAUUUGCAGACAGUGCCUCUGGUGUGACGCCUUGAUGACAGAGACAUGAUUGACAGUGGAAAAGUGUGAAAUGACUGGCUGUAUUCUUAGAUCAAGAUUAAUUUAGAUUCAGGAAGGUGGGGGAGAAGAAAGAAAGGGCGACGGAAGAAUCGCAGCAGACUUUUUUAUUUUAUUUAUGUUUUUUGGCGAGGUUUAGAGCUUUUCACAUGCAAACACACACAACAGUACACGAAAUGUAAGUUCACUGACGCUGACCCACAAUCACCGUCCACAGCCACCAGGAGGAACCUGACUCAAGUUGUGUUGUCCACAUUAAAUGAAGAGUUUGUACUUUGUGACUUUAAAACUUUUUAUAUUUGUGUUAAAUAUAUCAAUGAUGAGUACCUCUGUUAACUUUUGUAUAAGACAUAUGGAUAUAAUAUAUACAAAUGAACACACACACACACACACACCCAUACACACACAAACACAAACACACACCUGAGUAAAAAGGAAUCUAGUCUGUCUUUGUGACGGCUAAAUGUUGUAUAACUUUUAUUUUGUGUCCUAAUGAACUACAUCUCUUCUUUUUGUAGUUAUUGGUAAAGGUUUUCGAUUUCCAGGUGACUUUGAUUUGGUUACUCUUGUACUACUAAGCUCUGUAUUUGCAAGCACUGUAAAUGCGAUUCUCAUUGGAUUCGUCCUCUGUACAUUUAGUACUCUGAUGUUGCUAUUAAUAAAAUGUAAAACAACACAGGCGUGUGCUGAAGGGGAAUUUGUUAGAAGGAGUCCCGAGGAGAGCGGUGACUGACCAGGGCAAAAGAGCACAAAAUAAAACAUUUAAAUAUGACAUAAUUGUUCCAUGUGUUUGUCUCAUGUUGUUGGAGCAAAUGAGUCGUAUGGAUGAUGAGGCUCGGAGUGAGAGCUGCUCAGCUGCAGGUCUGCUAAAGGCGACGACAAGAACACAGAAAUCUGUUCUUUCUCCCUGAGCUGGUUUGGGAAUGCUUUGCAACUUUUUCCUGACAAAUCACCUGGGCAGAACUGCUUUUUUGGGUGUCUGUCUGCCUCUCUGCUCUUCUGUCUGCCUCUCCUGGGGUAAAUUUUUCAUCACACUCACCUGUGUCCUUCUCUGAUCAGUCUUACUCAUCUCACCUGGGUGUAUCUCCCUCUCUCCCUCACUCUGUAUUUGCCGGGUCCUCGUGUCUCCAGCAGUCUCAUCUUCACUGCUGUGUUGUGGAUUACCAGGUCUCUUUCCCAGCGCUUUCUUUUGUGUUUUUCUGUGUGUUCUCUCUGUCUGUGUUCCUGCCUGCUCCGUCUUCCCUGAAGUCAAGGUUCAGGUUAGUUAUCUUUUUCUUUGCCUUCUAGAUUUGAGUUUGGAGUCUCAUCUUAAACUAUGGUCGAGUUACUGUUAUAAAAGACACUGUUGCCUUUAAUAAAGAACAAAAGGAAAUCUGUUGAACCGUUGCACACCUGAAAAACUGUCCCAAAAUAAGCAGUGACAUAAGAAGACAAACUGUGUUUCCAGCUGAUUCAGGUGUGACGUCUUCUUCAUGAAUGGUUGUUUGUCUCUGUAUUUGUCAAUAUUCUGUUGAAAUUCUCACAUGAUAAAAGCUCCCCUGUUCUUCUGGACCAAUCAGAAUGUGCUCUUCAAAACUCCACGUUCAGUCCUCGGGGAGAGCUGCCAGGACGCAUUAACAUGAGGGCCACAUUCACUGACUGUCUGCAGCCUUCACUCCCUGUACAUUAAACAGAAUUAUCUUACACUGCCUGCUUAGGCUUGGGCUCUGAUAAAUGAGGUGACUGGCACAACAGCCAACAGCUGCCGGUGAGAUACUGUAGCAUUGAACCUAACACAUCGGUACAUGCAAACACAGCGACUCUUCUGUCUCUAAAACCUGAGCACAGGGCCAACCAUGUACUGUGUAUCUGUAUACUGUAAAGAGAAAAAGAGGAAUUCUUAGUUUCUGUUCCAAACUUUACUGUGAUGAAGUUGGACAGUUUACUCACAAUCCACAUUCUGUACCAUAAGAUCAGCUGUGGACCACCAACACUGCAGUAUUAGCCAGGGAAGCAUCCACUUCCUACACUCCAAACUGUGAAGAGCUGUAGACCCAAGAAUCAGUCAAUCAUGACUGCACGUCCUUACUGACAGAUGUAUUAAUUAUUCAGUGUAAACGACAUUCUUCCCUGUUUUAACACUACACCGACUCAACACAGACACCUCCACUGUAAAAUAACCUCAAUAAUUUAUUAUAAUUCAUCAUUUUCCUGUCUUUAAAAUGACUUGUAACUAUAACUGUUUUCCUCACUGGGACAAAGGGAUGAAUGUAUGCUAACAGCAUUUCCAGAAACACACAGUGAUAAAACCUAUUGGGCUCAAAGUCAUAAACAUCAGGGGUGGUUUCCAUCUGUAGACAUAGAGACGUACACCCCAUCUCACAAUAAUCACAACAUUAUUAAAUAUAGAUGGUAACUGAAUGAACUUUCCCAAACCUGUUACCAGUCAACAUCCUGGUUCAGAAACCUUCAGGUCUAUUAUCCUCUAAGUCUAACAUGGCCGCUGUCCUCAAAUUUCUUUGUUGUUGUGGAUUUAAAAAAAAACAAAAAAAAACAACAGUUGACAGUUUUGGACAGGAGCACAGAAGUUAACAGAACUGAUUUGUAGUGAUGUCAUCGAGUUAAAAUAGCUCCUCAUUAGCGCCUCCGGAGCAGGUCGCGUGAUUAAUCAUCACCUAAGAUUUACAAUCCAAUUAAAGGAUGUCAGGGUGUGAAAUAAAUGACUCACUCAGUGUUGAGGCAGGGCAUCAAUGAGCAGACCCUAAAUUUGCCAUUUGGGAGCCGUCUCCAGGAAAUGAUGUUGUUCUGUCAGCUCCGCAGACACCUCGGCCCCCACUCUGCGUGACUAGUCGUUGAGUUGUGGCAAGUUAGUAGAUUCACAGUUAUUUCUUGACAUCAAGACACUUUGUUGAAGACAUUUUUGUGUUUAUACCCUGCAUCUGGUUGGGGCACACUAACGAGUGUGUGCACACUGUAUUUGUGAUUGCGUUUUCCCUGGAAUGACUAAUUUAGCAGCAGUCCUGUUCCCACUCUCCAGCAGAGCCUGAAGUUUUAAUCCCCACAUUUGCAUAACUAAACUUAGAUCAGCCUGCUCACAUCCACGGGAUAUUAGCUCUAGGAAAAGAAUGAAUGACUGUUGUGACUGCACUCGAAUGUUGAUCAAACACUCAUUUUGCCCUGUCUCUGCUGCAGUCGUUCAAACACCAUUUGACACCGUGACGUCAUGCAGGAAAGGAUUCACAGCGUUUUGUCUCGUCCUCGUUGGUCUGUGUUCGAACGACUGAUUCAGUUCCUUGUGAAUGGGCUUUUUCCACAGCAUCUCAUCCCGAGUUAGGGUAGAGAGCUCACAGAUGCGGAACGGAUGCAAUGAACGCAGACACUCUGGCUGAUGGGAUAGUUUCAUCACACUCCACUUUGGGCUGAUCAGCUGGGGUAUUUCAUCUGUCUGACAUUUUCACAGACAAAGACGCAAGAAAUGAGAAGACACACGACAAUGGAGGUGACGCCAGUUUGGCUGUAGGCACCUGAAGUAAAUAAAGUGAAAUAAAGAAACUUUUAUUAAAAAGAAAUCCGUCUUCAAGAGGGAGAAGGGAGGCCUGAUAAAUUUAGCAGCUCCAGGUCUGGCACAAGACAAGACAAAAUAGAGAAACAUUGAUUUUUUUUUGGUUCUUUUGCAGAAAAUACAAACUGAAACACAAAGAAGCCUCUCCAUCCCUUCAGUGUAAAAACUAUGUAUUCAUAUUAGUUUGUAUGCCAACAUUUAAAUGGCUGCAUCUUCCCAAUAUCUUUUGAAUUUCAGUGUGUUGGAAAGAUUAAAGACUUCACUUUCAGGAUCUGUAAAUAACUCAAAUGCUCUGCUGGAGAUUUCUAUUUUAAAACAGUGCACGUUAAGAAUGUUUUAAAUCGUGAUCGCAAUUUACAUUUUGAGAGAAAUGUGUGCUGCACUGAAAAAGUUUGCCGACUUCAAACUGGAGCUGUGUCUCAUAGAGUGUGGUCUAAUCUUGCCGUUCACUGUUCUGAAGUCCUUGCCACUCUUCAUAUUCUGCUUUUAGAAAAUGGCUGUCCCCAGUCCUGCGUCCUUUUCACAGAACAACAUGGAAUUUACAUGGAAUCAGUAAUCUCAAAUUACCAACAAGAAACCAAUCUAAUCUCUCUGCUGCAGGGCUAUAAAGGAACUGAUCAAACUAUAAAGGAAUGUAUAUUAUGUCAGCAACCCUGACCUAAAAACAGAGAGAGAUAAAAGAAACUCAACCCAACAACUUUAGAGGUUUCUGUGCUCUGACUGCUACGGUCAUAUACAGGGACGCUUCACUUGUUGGGAAUCCUCUUUUAACCUAAUUUUAGCUUCUCUACCUUCAUCAUCUUUACACAUUUCAACGCAACAGCUCCUCUUCCUCCUUUGAUCUCUCUGCUGCUCCGUCAUCUCUGUUUCUGAAA